AUGUCAAAACUUUUGGAUCCUGACAAAUAUUUUGAAGACAAUGAUAUGGAAGAAGACUUAAAAGAUUUCACUGUUGUUACAAAAGCUACUUCUUUUGCAGUUGCUAAUAUCAAAGGAGUUUCAGUUUGUCACGCCAAUUUGGCACGUUCAGUAAUUGUCUACUUUACAAUAUCAGAUGUGACUGCCGCAACUUUACACGUGACUAUUCCUGAUCUUAAGAUCGAUACUUUCUAUGAUUUUUCUCAAUACAAAGCUGAUAUGCAAUUUAACGAAAAGAAUAUUCAUAUUAUUGAUAUUCUAUUACAAAUAAAGCCUGCCAAUAUCAAACAAGUUUUUGCCAAAUAUGGAACUAUUACUGAUUUUAAAAUGAUAGUAAGAGUAUGGAGUCGUUUUGUUCAGAAUGAUUCUAUUCGUAUCAAUCCUUGCACUUUGUCUCCAGAAGAAAUUAAAUAUAGAAAUACAUAUCAUAUCAAAUUAACAAAUCUUCCUUUUAGUAUUUCUGCAAGAGAUUUUUAUGAUAUCAUUCUUGCUAUAAAGCCAGAGCUAGUUAUAUUCCUAGAUGCAAUAACUAUAAACUAG